GUUUCUUCACAGUGGAAAGCUGAGGAGGUGUAUGGAAAUUCUGCCCUGAUGCUUUGUGGGAGGAUUCAUUUUGGAUGGAAAGGCUGAGAUCAUACACAUUCCAGCUCAACAAUAAACAGUAUUUAUAUCAGACGUAGUGCUAAGAGUCGAUCACAGCAAAGAAGAACAUCGUCAUCAUCUUUUGGCCGACAUCAUCAUGAAGACUCUCUACUUCACUCUGGGGCUGCUGCUGCUCACCGCCUGCUGCUGCAACGCCAUGCCGUAUACAGUGAAUGAAAGCUCAACUGGACGGUGCUGCUUCCUAUUCUACGUAGGAAGGAUAUGGCGGACAGAAAUUGUCAACAUCUUCGAGACUCACAGCAGCUGUCGUGAUAAGGGAUUUGUGGUCAGAACUGCCACAGGGCACGAGAUCUGCGUCAGCCUGAAUCUGCAAUGGGCACAGAGAGCUUUCAAUCAACAACAACUCACUGAUUACGAGGAUUACUGAUAGUCCUCAUGAUCCAGUCCUAAAUGAUCAAACAUCUCCAGCUACUCAACCUCCAGCCAAUAAAAUACUCUGUUGGAUGUCAGCAGUCUGUGUGUGAUAGCAUCACUUUAUAAUAGUGAAAACAUCUUUUUUCCACGGCUUUGCACUGAGUACUUUCAUGCAGCUACGAACUAUUUCAAUGAUUAAUCCCAAAGACCCUUGUUUUGCUUUAUUCUUGAUAAUCACAUUUUCAUUUUACAAAAUGUA